CACACCUGACGUAACAGCACUUGCCAAUUUCUGUGAUCGAUCCUCGAAAUUCCAUUUAUUUAUUGACCAUGCUGAAGCUCCAAUUGACCAAAUUGCUGCGGCAUUCGAUGGCCACACAGCUCAUGCGCAGCCAGACGCGUCUGUUGCAUGUGGGCGAGGCGAAUGUCUUGACCAGCGAGGUUGAUAAGCAAUCAGCCGAGUUCAAGGACAAUGCCAGUGAGAUGAGCAAGCUGGUCACCCAGCUGCGUGGUCUGACCAGCCAGGUGUUAACCGGAGGCGGCGAUAAGGCCAACGAGCGUCACACAUCGCGGGGCAAAUUGUUGGCCAGGGAACGCAUCAAUCUGUUGCUGGACAAGGGAUCUCCCUUCCUAGAGCUCAGCACACUGGCUGGCCAUGAACUCUACGGCGACGAGGUGAUCAAUUCGGGUGGCAUUGUCACCGGCGUGGGACGUGUCUGUGGCACCGAGUGCGUUGUGGUGGCCAAUGAUGCGACCGUCAAGGGCGGCAGCUACUAUCCCAUAACAGUGAAGAAGCAUUUGAGGGCACAGGAAAUUGCACAGGAGAAUCGUUUACCCUGCAUUUAUCUGGUGGAUUCGGGUGGUGCCAAUCUACCACGUCAAGCGGAAGUGUUUCCCGACAAGCUGCACUUUGGACGCAUUUUCUACAACCAGGCCAACAUGUCCGCCCAAGGCAUACCACAGAUUGCCGUUGUCAUGGGCAGCUGCACGGCCGGAGGCGCCUAUGUGCCCGCCAUGGCGGAUGAGAGCAUCAUUGUGAAGCGUCAGGGCACCAUCUUUUUGGCCGGACCACCGCUGGUUAAGGCGGCCACAGGUGAAGAGGUCUCGGCCGAGGAUUUGGGUGGUGCUGAUCUGCAUUGCAAGACUUCCGGAGUGACGGAUCACUAUGCUGUGGAUGAUGAGCAUGCUCUCUACUUGGCCCGCCAGGUGGUCAGCAAUUUGAAUCUGCCUGCCACCAACAACUACAACGAUCAGUUGUUGCAAUCCAGCCAGCAGAACUUCAGAAUAGCUGCUCCAGCUGACGGAGGAGCUGUCGAGGAACCGGCUUACGAUCCGCGUGAACUGUACGGCAUUGUGGGUCCCAAUCUCACCAAGAGCUUCGAUGUGCGCGAGGUGAUUGCACGCAUUGUGGAUGGCAGUCGCUUCACGGAGUUUAAGAAACUCUAUGGGGAGACUCUGGUCUGUGGAUUUGCCAAGCUCUACGGCCGUACAGUGGGCAUUGUGGGCAACAAUGGUGUCCUCUUCUCAGAGAGCGCCCUCAAGGGUGCACAUUUCAUUCAGCUCUGCGCCCAGCGUAAAAUUCCCCUCGUCUUUCUGCAGAAUAUUACAGGAUUCAUGGUUGGUCGCGAUGCAGAGGCUAAUGGCAUUGCCAAGAAUGGCGCCAAGAUGGUCACCGCUGUGGCCUGCGCCAAUGUUCCCAAAUUCACGGUGAUCAUUGGAGGAUCGUAUGGAGCUGGAAACUAUGGCAUGUGUGGACGCGCCUAUUCGCCAAGAUUCCUAUACAUGUGGCCCAAUUCUCGCAUCUCGGUCAUGGGCGGCACCCAGGCAGCCAACGUGUUGGCUCAAAUCACUGAGGAUCAACGCAAGCGUGCUGGCAAGGAAUUUACCGAGGCGGAGGCCCAGAAGAUAAAGACGCCCAUUGUGGAAAUGUUUGAGAGGGAGGGAUCUCCAUACUACAGCACUGCCCGCUUGUGGGAUGACGGCAUCAUUGAUCCGGCGAAUACACGACAAGUGCUGGGUCUCAGUCUGAAGGCGGCUCUCAAUAAUGCCGGACACGAUACCAAAUUCGGAGUUUUCCGCAUGUAAAAAGGGAAUUUUGUGCAUUUCGGAGCAUUUAAUGCUCAUACUGUUGAAACUACUGCAUUUAUUAGUGUUAAGCAAAAAGUUGUUUUUGUGCAUUUGUCAUAUUUUAUACAAUUUAUGGGCGUGGCCUGCAAAGCAUUUAAAUUUUAAAUAAAUAUUCUACCAGUAACUGUUUAUUCAAAAU